CUACCAUGUCCACGCAGAGACUUCGGAAUGAGGACUACCACGACUACAGCUCCACGGAUGUGAGCCCAGAGGAGAGCCCAUCCGAAGGCCUAAACAACUUCUCGUCCCAGGGCUCCUACCAGCGGUUUGGAGAAAGUAACAGCACAACAUGGUUCCAGACUUUGAUCCACCUGUUAAAAGGCAACAUUGGCACAGGACUCCUGGGGCUGCCUCUGGCAGUGAAAAAUGCUGGCAUCUUGAUGGGUCCCCUCAGCCUGCUGGUGAUAGGCCUUGUAGCUGUGCACUGCAUGGGUAUCCUGGUGAAAUGCGCUCACCACUUCUGCCGCAGACUGAACAAGCCCUUCGUGGACUAUGGGGAUACAGUGAUGUAUGGACUGGAAUCCAGCCCCAGCUCCUGGCUCCGGAACCACGCACACUGGGGAAGGCACAUUGUGGAUUUCUUCCUGAUCGUCACGCAGCUGGGAUUCUGCUGUGUCUAUUUUGUCUUUCUGGCUGACAACUUUAAACAGGUGAUAGAAGCAGCCAAUGGGACCACCAACAACUGCCACAACAAUGAGACAGUGAUUCUGACGCCCACCAUGGACUCGCGACUCUACAUGCUCAGCUUCCUGCCCUUCCUGGUGCUGCUGGUUUUUGUCAGGAACCUCCGAGCCCUGUCCCUUUUCUCUCUGUUGGCCAAUAUCACCAUGCUGGUUAGCCUGGUUAUGCUCUACCAGUUCAUUGUCCAGAAUAUCCCAGACCCCAGCCGCCUCCCCUUGGUGGCGCCCUGGAAGACCUACCCUCUGUUCUUUGGCACAGCCAUUUUUGCAUUUGAAGGCAUUGGGAUGGUUCUGCCCCUUGAAAACAAGAUGAAGGAUCCCCAGAAAUUUCCGAUCAUCCUGUAUGUGGGAAUGGCCAUCAUCACUGCCCUCUACAUCAGUCUGGGGUGUCUGGGGUACCUGCAGUUUGGAGCUAAUAUCCAAGGGAGCAUAACCCUCAACCUGCCCAAUUGCUGGCUGUACCAGUCGGUCAAGCUGCUGUACUCCAUCGGCAUCUUCUUCACCUAUGCCCUCCAGUUCUAUGUCCCGGCUGAGAUCAUCAUCCCCUUCUUUGUGUCCCGUGUGCCCGAGCACUGGCAGCUGGUCGUAGACCUGUUCGUGCGCACCAUGCUGGUCUGUGUGACAUGCAUCUUGGCCAUCCUCAUUCCCCGCCUGGACCUGGUCAUCUCCCUGGUGGGGUCCGUGAGCAGCAGUGCCCUGGCCCUCAUCAUCCCGCCCCUCCUGGAGAUCACCACCUACUACUCGGAGGGCAUGAGCCCCCUCACCAUCGCCAAGGACGCCCUGAUCAGCAUCCUGGGCUUCGUGGGCUUUGUGGUGGGGACGUAUGAGGCCCUCUACGAACUGAUCCAGCCAAGCAGUGCUCCCAUCUUCAUCAACUCCCCCAGUGCCUUUGUAUAGCGAUCUGGGUGCAUUCCCUGCAGCUGCCCACCCCACCCCUCUGUGUUCCCCAGCACCUGGCCCCAGAGCCUCAGGUAGGGUUCAGGCUCUGGGGAGAGGCAGGAUUGCUGUCGGGGAACCCCUCUACCUGAUACCUCGGUACCCUGGACCAGGUGGGGCUGAGGGCAGGGGGAAGAGUGGGUAGCAGAUAUGCAGAGGUCCCUCUUAGUGGCUGUGCCAUCCCUGUUCAUUUGUACUUAAUUUAACCCAGAACUUUUCAACUUUUUUCCCUCAUCAUGUCUCCCUUACCUGCUCCCCUCCUUCUGACCCACCUUACCCAAAUUAUUCCUGUUGCACAGCUCACUUUAUUUAAAAAUCUUAGCAUCCCCCACCUCAUGUUUUCUCCUUUCCAGGCCCAGGCCUGGAUUAAAUGAGUAGGAACCCCCUCUCCUUAUAAGGCUGGACCUAUCUCUUUCUCAGACCUCUCCCAAA